AUGGGAGAUCCAUUACCAUUAAGACUAGCACUGCCUGAGCUGAGGUAUCCGAUUGGAUCAGAGCCAGAGAAGACGAUAUCGAUAAACCAACACUCGAUAGUUGCUUAUAUCAAAACUGUUAAGGAAAUUCUAGGAAAUGAUGAGUUCAACAGAAUAAGAGGGACGUUUUUGGGACCGGUGAUCAAGCUUGGAGAGAGGUCUUUGAAAUUAUCAGCUAAGAUAGUGCACGCAGUUCUCACCAAAAGCAUCAAGACAGUGAAGAGACACGAAGCAUGGUUCCAUUUUGGUGCUCAGCCAAUGAGGUUCUCUAUAAGAGAAUUCCACAUGGUGACUGGUUUGAAAUGUAGUGGUGAAGCAAGAGAACCACGAGAGGAAACCGAGAAAUUUAAGUGGGACUUCCUAAAAGGGCGUACUCAUACAGUAAAGGACGUGGAGAAGCAGCUCAGAAACACAAGAGAAGAUGCUUCUGAUGAGAGAUUCUGCCUUGCAAUGCUCCUCCUGAUUGAGAGCAUACUACUACAGAAGAGCCUUCUCGACGGUGGCACAACUUUUACUUUGGAUUAUGUGAAAAUAGCGCAGGAUAUGGAUGUCUUGAUGACAUACCCAUGGGGGAGAACAGCUUAUAAUUUGCUGUUAAAAUCACUUCAGAGAGCUGUCGACAAAAGCCUCGACAAAAACAAUUAUGAUUUGCAAGGAUUCCCUAUGGCAUUUCUUAUAUGGAUACUUGAGUCAGUACCUUUGCUACAGUAUGCAUUCAGUCAAGUUGUUCCUAUUCUGAGCGUUCAACCGUCUACCCCAAUAUUUUUGUGUGAGAAGUACCUUCAAAUAGCUUCUCCACAGCUGAUAGAUGUUCUCCUAAUUGAAAUCAAAGAUCAUCUUAAGGUCACAUGCAUCCUACCUCCUAUUUCUAAUGAUCCAGAAGCUGAUGUUUGCAUGGAAGACGAAGCUAAUAAAGAUCUGGAUGACAUGGCCGAUUUAUCCAAGAGAGGUUAUAAGUUUAAAAUUAGAGAUUGGCGAAACAUGUCAGUAGACCUAUACGGUGCUAAUGAACAAAUAAGAAGAGCAUCUUUACUGUUUGGGAAUGGAGGGAUGAGUCAAGCUUCUUCUUCGUAUCAGGAGGAGUCUUUGGAAUCAAAGAUCAACAGAAUCAGCGAGAUGGUGGGAGAUAAUUUAAGGAUCAUGAACGAUCGUUUGUGUUUGAUUGAAAAAGACAGGAAACAGAUUAAAGAACGUGUGACAAAACUAGAGAAACUACAAAGAGUUACUUCAUAUGAAACUCCAAACAAUGAGGAUACACGAGAGCCUAUGAAUGAGAUCACGAAAGAGACACCUGGUUCUCCAAUAGCUCAACAGAAUAUUGAGACUCCAGUCCUUACUCCAAUUCAGACGCAGCAGGAGACUCACGAGCUUAUGAAUGAGAUCAUUUCACCAAACAUUUCCGACACACAGCCAAAUACCCGAGCUCGCAGAAAUCUUUUAACAGAGCAAAAUAAGGAUGUAGAAAGCAGAGUUCAAAAUCCCUUUGAGAUCGGAGCAAAUGUGGAGAUUUCAUCACAAGAUGACAAUACUUGUCAUAAAUGGUAUCCAGGAAAUGUGUUGGCAAUAUAUUUGGUUGAUGGGGUUGAGAUGGUGAAAGUUGAGUACUCCGCCCCGUCUCUGGACGAAAAGAAGAGGAAAAGGAGUGUUCAGACACGUGUAUCAAUUGACAGAAUACGUCCUCAACCACCACCUGAGAGACCUGGAGCGAAGAAAAGUUAUGAGCUAAUGCAGGACGUGGAGGCGUUCGACAAUGGUGCCUGGUGCGCUGGAAAAGUUAAAGUCAUUUUGUUUGAUGGCACGUGUUUUGUCUCUUUGAACAAUUCUACUGAACAAAUUUACUUCAACCAUUCUGAGAUGUGA